AUGCCACGCGACGAGAGCUUCAAACGUGAGACCCGAAAACAGGAAGCGUCCAAGAAGGAUGCGAAGAAGGAGGCAGCCCCCAAGAAGGAGGCCGCCCCGAAGAAGGAAGCUGCCGCCAAGAAGGACGUUUUCCUUCGGGACGCAGCACCCAAAAAGGAGAAGGAGGCUGCACCCAAGAAAGAGGCGGCUCCGAAGAAGGAGUCCGGCAAGAAGGACGACAAGAAAAAGGCACAUGCCGCUGAUAUCGAGCUGCAGACCUUGCAACGAGAUAAGCCUUGCAUGCUAUGUUGGGCUGUCUUCAUCUUAUCAGAGAAGGAAGAGGAGAAGGAGAAGGAGCUGACACCGGAGGAGCUCGAGAAACUUAAGAAAGACAAGCUCAAGAAGGUCAUCAAGGAAGGCGGCAAGCGUGGUGUGGAAAUCGAAGGAGCUGCAGACAUGGGCGGCCUCCAGUUCUUCUGCACUUCCGUGGAGCAGCCCGAGGGCGACCUCGAUCUGACCAUGAAAUGCGUGGAAGCCAUGAAUGCCAAGAGCGAUCCAAGCGAGGAGGACUUUGGGCUGACUGCUGGAGUUCUCUGGUUUCAUGUAUGUUGCUGCAACCACUGA